AUGUACCCAUCAUUCAUGCUACAGAGAUUGGUGUCAUUUGAGGAUGUGACUGUGGACUUCAGCCAGGAGGAGUGGUGGUGCCCGGAUUCUGCCCAGAGACGCCUGUACCAGGAGGUGAUGCUGGUACAGGAGGUGAUGUACCAGGAGGAGAUCGACAGCCACCUCUUGUCAAAGGGGAGUCUGGGCUUGAUGGCCCAUCACAGGAAGUUUCUGAGGAAGUUUCAGUCCAAAAUGAUACAGCAACUGAUCGUGGUUGAUGGUGUUCUGUUCUACAAGAGCUGUGGCAAAGGGAGACAGGAACACCAGACACCGCCCUUGAGUCCUGAUACCUUUCUCAGAUCCAAGAAGCUCGUGGACAUUUCCAGGCCUAGCUACCCCUGGAGGCAGCUCACCCUCAUAGCCAGUUUGCUGACUUGUGGGAUCUGCCAGGGGUCUGCCUAGAUCUUCAUCAGCCCAGACUCACUCACAGGAGCUGAGUAGUCAACCAUUCUGAUCCUAGAAAAUGUCCCGGAAAAAGUCCUGGCGUUCAGCUGGUCGGGCAUGGACAACAGUACAGGAAACAUGAUUUUCAGCUAUAAACCCCUUCAUACUUGACACCCCCGACCCUUGUACAGUGGUCGUGAGAACGUGACUGGAAUGAUUAGCCUGGCGACAAGGAGGUCGGUGUUAAAUGACACAGGAUGCUAGACUGCUGAGGUGGACACUAGCAACAGGACCCAAAGAGCAACUGGCUGGCUCGAGAUUCUAAGCGAGUUGGCAAGAAGCAUCUCAGAGAACAUGAUGCUCCCCAGUCUGUCCUGGGAGCAAAUGGGCAGUUACCAGUGUACUGUGCUGGACAUGGAGGCCCAGCUGGCCUUCUCCAAGGAAGUCGCCAUCAGCCACCAAGCUCUCCAAACUUUCCCUCCCAUACGUUUUUGUCUAGGCAGUGCCUGUGUCAGGAGGCCCCUCUUUAGCUUCACCCCACUUACAACUUCUGACAUAAAGGACUGA